AUGUCAGCUUCGGCUGCCCCUUUGCUGAAUGGCGCCAUCCCAGGGCCUAUGGGAGCGUUCAAUGAGGCGUCAGAGUUUCAGAAGAUUCUUAGAAUACGCGAUCAGGUAUUCUCCGGAGAUCACCCUCGACUGACUGUGCCUGCCCAUUCCAUCAGACUGUCGUCGUCUCAGACUCCCUCGACUGUGUCCCAGUCUCUUUUGAAUGUCCCUCCUCCAUUGCCCAGCAGUGUCUCGCCAAAUCGUCUUGCCGGCAUCUCAUCAAGACAGGAAGAAACCACCAAGGCCAAUGGUGUUGCCAGUAAUGUUUCUGAAUUUGACCCAAUCCUCUUGACCAAGUCGGAUGAUCUAGUUCGAGCUGAAAUACAACUGAAGCGGCAGAGGCUGGAGAGGACCCUUAAAGAGCAGUUUGAACAAAAAAGACAAGAUGCACGAAGGAAGCCUGCGCCGUCCGAAGCGAAGCCAGACUUUGACCUUCCGGCUGUCCUUGCCAAGGUGCUGAAGACACCCAAAUCGCCUACUACUAAAGAUGAGGGCGAGGCCAGCGACUCCUUUGACGCAAACUCUUUGUACUCGAGCAGGGCUCCAGACUCGACACCAGAAGGGCCCAAUUCUGGAGACGAGAGUGAUGACGUGCAAGCUGACGAGCCUCCCAGGCCACCCGCUGUGAGUGCUGUCAUGGGUGAACCUCUCCCGCAAGAUGAUGAGCGUCCUGCCUCUACUAAUGUCCAGCCGGUGCCACAACCUAUUGCAGCUACUUCCGCAAUAGAGGUGGAUGAUGAAGAGGAGGAAGGUGAAUACUCGCCUCCAGAGGCCACGGCUUUCCCCGUCGCUAAGAUUGCAUCAUCACAACCUAUGCCAGACGAUAGAGAUCCAAGAGGACGCCCCUUGCGCAGAUACUCGGAGACUGAGGACAAUGGGAGGCGGCCACUAUCCCCAUCGGAAGCCAACAUGCGGAUUGUAAGGAACCAAAUCACCUCCCCAGUUGCCCCAGUCCCUUCGCGUGUCUCUCCUCUUGCUGUAGCUAAGGAUCCGCCCUUUUUGCAGAACGGACGUCAAAAACAGUCACAAAUUGGUAGACCGGGUUCGCCGCCAAGUCCCGAUGAAUCACAAGGAAACAUUCCUCCUAGGAAGAGAAGAAAGCUCGAGCGGCGAGCAGAGAAGAGAGCGAGACAGAACGGCGGUUACGCUCCGCAUGUCAAGGAGGAGAACAUCUCGCCUCCGCCGUUUCAUGACGUCCAACCGCUUGGCUCGGGCAGGCUCCGGCCGAUAGGUGCAGAUCGACCGAUCGUUAUUGAAGAAGAUCCAAUGCAAGACGCUCAUUAUAUGCCGCCCCCGGAACGGUACGUGGACUCUCCCGCGCGGCCGAUUCAUCGUCAGGUCGAACAGUUGAUGCCUUUGAGUGAGCCACGCGCCAUGUCAAGGGCUAGUCUGAGGCCGAUGCGAGAGGAUCAAGAUCUCCGAAGAGUUGCCAGCAUGCACAACAUGAGAGCCGAGGGCCCUCGCGAAUACACCGAUCCGUACUACGAAUCUCCCGCUCGGACGAGAGCGGUUUCUUACGCUAGAGCGGGAACUCCUGCCGCCUACGAAUCACCUCGCUAUCAACGUGAACCUCUCGAAGAGUACGACAGACCCCACCAGGAAGUGAGGGUGGUUCGCACACCCGCACCAGUUUACCGCGAAAUCUACGAUGAUGCUGAGCCCUAUCGCUAUACAGCCGAGCCAAUGCCACCGCCCCGGAUGGUGGAGAGGAUUGUGGUCGACAGCUACGGUAGACGGUUUCGCGAAAUCAUUGAGGAGCGGCCGCCUGCCUUCUCGAGAGCAGUGUCGGUUCGGAGAAACGAUGUGGAACCGAGCUAUGACGGUUAUCGGAAUACGAGAGCAGGAUCUGUCUUUGUUGAGCCUCCGCCAGAAAGAAACUUCUCAACAGCAGAUAUGCCACCGCCACCACCCUCUUAUCGCCGCGGCGGUGAGACGUUGCGUAGCUCAGUCGCCGCUGCUCCUCCCUCGCGAGAAUUUGCCGAACCUGGAUCGCUGCCGCGGAGCGCAAGUGUGAUGAUGAACCAUUCACCGCGGCACGCUAUGUAUCCUGACGAGAGGCCUGGCUUUCGUGAACCCAUUCGGAUGGGCAGCGUGCGCCCACCAGCGAUGCGAUAUGAAGAAGCCCCUGCGGCGCAGUUGAUGGCAAGAUCACAAAGCGUUCGCCCAGGCAUUCGUGAGGGUAGCUAUUUUCCACAUGAUAGACCUCCAGUCAGCCACGAGUAUGCCACUUCAGAGCAAUCGAGAUAUCAUGCACCUGAGUCAGACCCAAGACACUACGAUGCGCAAGGAAGGGAGAUCAUCCCUAUGGAUGGACCUAUGGACAUGAGACCAAGAGGUGUGGAUAGAUAUUGA